AUGCAUUCCAGUCACUUGCUUAUCGAAGAACCGAUUCGGAUGAUCUCAAUACUCGAGCCAUCCAAAUACAGCUUUUUUCCUGCAAUGACGAAGAUUGUUGGUACCCUGGGACCUAAAUCUCGUUCCGUAGAUGUUAUUUCUUCUUGCCUCAAAGCUGGAAUGUCUGUGGCUCGUUUUGAUUUCUCUUGGGGUGGUGCUGAGUAUCACCAGGAGACUUUGGAAAAUUUGAAGACUGCUAUCAAAACUACUAAGAAGCUCUGUGCUGUUAUGUUGGACACAGUGGGUGCCGAAAUGCAGGUUGUUAACAAAAAUGAGACAGCGAUUUCACUUCAGGCUGAUUGUCAGGUUGUUCUAACUCCUGACCAGGGACAAGAAGCUUCUUCAGAUAUACUGCCUAUCAAUUUUGAUGGACUGGCCAAGUCAGUGAAGACAGGAGACACCAUUUUCGUUGGUCAAUACUUGUUCACGGGAAGUGAAACUACUUCUGUUUGGCUAGAGGUAGUGGAAGUUACAGGGCAGGAUGUUGUUUGUACUAUAAAAAAUUCAGCAACAUUAGCUGGGGCAUUGUUUACCUUGCAUGCAUCUCAAAUUCAUAUUGAUUUGCCUACAAUCACUGAGAAAGACAAGGAGGUUAUAAGCACUUGGGGUGUAAAAAACAAAAUUGAUUUUCUAUCAUUGUCAUAUACUAGGCAUGCUGAAGAUGUUCGCCAGGCACGUGAAUUCCUUUCUACAUUAGGUGAUCUCAGCCAAACUCAAAUUUUUGCAAAGAUUGAAAAUGUUGAGGGAUUGACCCAUUUUGAUGAGAUUCUACAAGAAGCAGAUGGUAUUAUCCUUUCCCGUGGGAAUUUGGGCAUUGAUCUUCCACCAGAGAAGGUAUUUUACUUCCAAAAGUCCGCCCUUUACAAGUGUAAUAUGGCUGGGAAGCCUGCUGUGCUCACACGUGUUGUGGAUAGCAUGACUGACAACUUGAGACCAACUCGUGCGGAAGCCACAGAUGUUGCCAACGCUGUUUUAGAUGGUAGUGAUGCAAUUCUUUUGGGUGCUGAGACUUUACGCGGGUUAUACCCUGUCGAGACUAUUUCUACAGUUGGCAAGAUUUGUGCAGAAGCUGAGAAAGUUUUCAAUCAAGACCUUUAUUUUAAGAGGACAGUGAAACAUGUUGGAGAACCCAUGACCCAUUUGGAAUCCAUAGCAUCCUCAGCGGUACGUGCAGCUAUUAAGGUGAAGGCUUCUGUUAUCAUUUGCUUUACUUCAUCUGGAAGGGCUGCAAGAUUGAUAGCAAAGUACAGGCCAACGAUGCCGGUUCUCUCCGUUGUGAUACCCAGACUUAAGACAAAUCAGCUAAAAUGGAGCUUUAGUGGAGCUUUUGAGGACCAACUACCAAUACAUUUGUGGGAAAGCUUAUUUACUUCUAAUGCAAGGCAGUCACUCAUUGUAAGAGGUCUCUUUCCCAUGCUUGCUGAUCCUCGACAUCCUGCUGAAUCAACAAGUGCCAGUAAUGAGUCUAUUCUGAAGGUAGCACUUGAUCAUGGAAAAACAUCAGGAGUCAUCAAGCCACAUGAUAGAGUUGUUAUUUGCCAGAAAGUUGGUGAUGCAUCUGUUGUUAAGAUUAUCGAGCUUGAAGAUUAA